AUGAUGGCAGAUUUGCAGAACGGCAGGAAGGUUUCCGUCAUGGACAUGGAAGUUUCGAAGAUGAUAGAUUUGGCCAUGGCGGUCAAGGAGAAUUCGGACAACAAGGCGGUUUUGGUCAGGGAGGAGGAUUUGGCCAAGAAGGCUUUGGUCAGGGAGGCUUUGCCCAGCCGGGAUUCGGUCAAGGAGGAUUUGGUGCUUUCGGAUAAUUUAGUUGAUGUUGGUCUCAUUGGUACUUGUUGA